UUCAAGAAUUCACAUCAACGAAUGAUAAGACACAAAUAGAAUACAUAACCAAAAAAUCUUUUGAAAAAUUCGAUCACCAUACAUUUACAUGUUAUUUAAAAAUGAAGUUUUGAAAUAUUAAUGUAAUAGAAGGGUCAUUUAACAUAUACAUUUACAUAUAUAAGAAAGCAGUGAAAGAUUGAUUUAUCGUUCUACACAUCUUUUUUAAUUAAAGAAAACAAUCAAAAUGCCGUUUAUGAUUGGUAGAGCACCUAUACGGAGGACAUUAAACUAUUUAAACGCUGGUAAAUUAAUUUUAAAAGAUGAAAUUCAAAUAUUUUCAGUAAAUUAUAAUAUACAUGGAGAUCAUCACAAAGGUGCUAUGGAGUUUGUAUUUUGGCAUUUAUCACAAAUUAAAUAUAAAAAUCCAAAUGUGCAAGUUGUCACCUUUAAAAAUAUGACACCAACACCUUUUAUAAAAUGUUAUUAUGAAAAUGGAAACACUAUGUUAAUUGAUAUAGACAGCAAAUCUAAAGAAGAAAUAUUAAGCCAUCUUCAAAAAGUAAUUGGUAAAUCACUGGAAGUACAGCAAAAGGAAAGGGAAGCUAAAGAAAAGAAAGAUAAUCCAGCUAACUUUGGUGUUGGUUGUCCAAGAAGCUGUAUGUGUGUAAUACCUGGUCAAGUACCAUGUCCUGGUAUAGUACCUCUGCCAUAUCACAUGCGUGGAAAAUGUAGGAAGCAAAGAAAAUAUUAAAGGAAAAAUAAUUUUGUUUUAAUGAUUAAAAUAAAAUUUACAACAGAAAAAAACAUUUAGCAUUAUGUUUAUUGAAGUUUUGCCAUUAAUAGGUCUUUAUUUUUAGUUAUUUAAUUUUAAAUAAAAAUAUGAUCAUAUUUUGCAUCACAAUAAAAUAUGUAUUUAAAGUAUAUAUUUGUUUAUUAUAAAAAGAUAUUAUAGAUUAUGAAAAUACGUGUACAUUAAUGUACAUAUUAAGCAUUACAUUAUUAGUGAAUUAAGAUACUUUUGUAUCUAAUGUGCAAUUGCACCACUGUAGGAAUCAUGUUCAUAGUAGAAAAAGAGAUUAAAAAAGACUAACUAAAAAAUAUAAGGCUUUAUAAUAAAAAAAAAAAUUGACUUAAUACAAACACAUUGCUUAAAGACAAAAUAUAAAUAAUAUAAAUAUGCUAAUAAUGAUCAUGGAACAAAUGUCAAUUAAUAAAAAUGGAUUGAUUAGUUUUAAUUGUAACACUAAAUUAAAAAAAAAAGAAAACAAUUGAAAUUAUCUUCUUGGUUUAUGACGGUUGUAUGGCUUAUUAUUGUGAUAAUGACCGCUUCGAUUGUGAUAACGAGUUGAUGUGGACGGUUUUGGAUUUUCUGGCUUUUGAUACAAAUGUAUUACAGGUGAGCCAUUUAAAGGUUUAUUUAAUUCAAA